UUCAGGGGAUCUGCAGGUCAUCUUGGGUCCUGGAUCGUUCGAUCGCAAUGCCGCAGCCGAAGAAACUCUCGGCCCCGUUGAACAUGGCCCGUGGUGACGAUGAGAGCAUGGACCUUCACCGCUGGCUGCGGCACGUGCUGGCAGAGCAUCACCGCGGCUUGGAGCAGCGCCUCGUGGAGCUGCGGGAAGGGCAGCGCUACAUCACGCACCUUCUCACUUCGAGCCAUGACCCUGAAGUGGUCCGCAUUGGCAAGGCGGUAUCAUUUCAGGACAUCGAGGCCGAGAUUACGAAGGAGGAGGAAAAGGACGAGAAGGUCUUGGGGCCUGUCGAGAGCUGUUUUCAAGCGGAGGAAGAUGAGGAUGAGGAUGAAGUUGAUUUUCGCACCGUCAUGCAGCCCAAAUUUGAUGAGGGUUCGAAUACCACCAUGAAAGCACGGAGGAGUAGUUCUUUGAAAGACACCGACUUUGCACUACGUGAGGUCUGGGCCAAACACCUGAAAUUCAAAGACCGCUCGGUGGGAUCGCAGCCGUCCAACACUCUGGAAACCAUCGGUGGAACUCUUGGAGGAUCUGCUCCAGUCAAGCUUCCCAUGUCGGAAUCCAUGGAGCGGUUGCCUGCCCGCAAGAACUCGUUGAUCGCAUACCCGGCGCAAAAGUCUCGCGUUUGUUGGGACCUCUUUGGAGGGCUGCUGAUCCUCUAUGAUCUUUUUGUGAUUCCAUUGAAGGUCUUCGACUAUCCAGAAUCUCUGUUCACGGAGAUGAUGGAUUGGAUGACCCUAUGUUUUUGGACCCUCAACGUGCCAGCAACGUUGACAGUUGGAUACACCUUCAAAGGAGAGACCAUCAUGAGACCGAGAGAUAUCUUCAUCAACUAUUGCAAAACUUGGAUGAUCGUCGACAUCAUAACUCUGACGCCGGACUGGGCCUUCACGCUGGUUCGGCUGUCAAACCCCAACUUGGCAGAUGAAACAGCACAGAGCAGCGGCUUUGAGGAGGAGGGCGUCCGUUUGUUGCGGAUACUCCGGCUGGCGCGCACUGCACGGCUGUUGCGGCUGUUGAAGCUACAGAAGGUCAUGGAAAAGCUCAGUGACUACUUGGAUUCCGAGGUCGCCAGCAUUAUGGCAAACAUCUGCAAGAUGAUCCUGCUAUUGUUAGCUCUCAAUCAUAUGAUUGCUUGUGUAUGGUACGCAAUCUCGUUAACAUUGUAUGACGGCGGAAUGCCUGCAUGGGUGGAUGAAAGCCGCAUGCUGAUGACCGAGUGGGACAACCGCUACGUCACCAGUUUCCACUGGUCGAUCACUCAAUUUACUCCUGCCUCAAAACCUCCCAUCCAGCCGCAGAACACAGUUGAACGAGCUUUUGCCAUCUUCGUAGUGGUCUUUGCCUUGGUGGGUUUUUCCUAUGUGGUUGGCAGUAUCCUAGCUUCAUUGGCACAGCUCCGCAGCAUGUCGGAGCAAUCGGCAAAGGAUUUUUGGAUGAUGCGUCGCUUCCUGCGGCGGAACAAUGUGCCCAUGGAAUUAGCUUCGCGGAUCCAGCGCUUUGUAGAGCAUGCUUUUGUCCAGCAGCAGAAGAAGAUGUCCAUCCACGAAGUGAAGGUCUUACAGCUUCUUUCAGACGGUCUCAUGGAGGAGUUACAAUGUGCCAUGAAUUUGCCGCACAUGAUUGUCCAUCCACUCUUAGCCUUCUUGAACAGCUUCUCUGUGAUCACAGUCCAGAGAUUGGCCAAGGAGUCCGUGCACCGAGCGCAGUUGGCGCGCGGAGACACGCAGUUUUUGCCGAACCAGGAGGGUAGCUUCAUGUACUUCAUCGCUGGUGGACGGAUGCAGUACAUCAGGGAUGCGGAUGGUCCAGACCCGCGUGUCGAGGUGGUGGACACAGGGGAGGACUGGAUUGCGGAGCCCGUGAUGUGGACUCCGUUUUGGAUCCAUGUGGGGCAACUCACGGCCAUCUCGGAGUGUGACCUCGUGGCGGUGGCGCCCAAGGCCUUUGGAGAGAUCGUCGCACUGAUCAGGCCAGUGGCUGCCUUGGUCGCUCGCUAUUCCUCCAACUUCAUGCAGUGGGUGAAAGAGUUGGAAUCCAGAGACGAGCUCUCUGAUGUGAUCCAAGGAGAUGAAGCGGUUGAUCAAAUACGCAGUUUUUUGGAUUGAGAUGCGUGAUUGGAUGGGCAGCCAUCCGUGGUCUUACCACAUUUUCCAGGUCUGAAGCCACCCAACCGUUUCACCCAAAA